CAAUCGUGAACAUAGCACAGGUUGCAUCUGCGGGACGUGCAGCAGCAACACUCACGACUCGCGACUCCGCAACGCGACGCGUCCAACACUUUCUCGAUCAACCACAUCCCCUCCCAGCAGCAUUCACACAAUGCACGGACGAAGUUCAUUGGUGGCAUCAUCCAAAUCUUGCACCAAGCAUCCCUCACAUCCAGUCGAGUGUCAAUCGAGAUUCAUCAGCCAUCUCUCUCUCCACAGCCGCUCUCACAUUCACGCGUCCAUCACCUUAAAGCGGACCUGCCAUGCCACCUAAGCGUACGUCGACCAGCGCUGCCGGAGGCAGCAUCGGUGUCAAGCGCGGUAGACCUCCGGGAAGCAAGAACCGACCGAAGGUAUCGGCAGAUGGAGGUGACGCGAGCGUGUCAGCCGUCAGCGCUCGAGGAGGUAGAGGUCGAGGUAGAGGGAGGGUUGGUAGCAGCGUUGGAAGCAGCGGCCGAGGUCGAGGCGGUGGCCGACCACCAGUACGCAGGAGCGCCGCAGACGCCAGUGUAAGGAGCUCUUCGACGGCCGCCGCCACGAAGCGUCGUCGGCAGAAUUUGGCUUCUGCAGUGCUUGAUGAAGCGGACGAUAGUGGAGGUGGCACACAAGAGGAAGAUUCGGACGGGGAUGCGGAAGAGGAUUCGGGUAGCGAUGCUGAAGAUCCCGGUAGAGGGUCUGACUCUGGUUCCGAAGAGGAAGCGGAAGAUGACGAUGAGGAGGAGGAAGAAGAUGAGGAAAGCAGCGAAGAGGAGGAGAAUGGAUCAGAGGUGGACGAUGGCAGAGCGAGGGAGGCCGGCACAGCCAGGCGCUUGCCUAGCGAAAAGGUUCGAUUAAGGCGGUGGAGGAGGGUCGGGAACGACGAGAGGGACGCCGUCACGAGUGAAGCUGGUGCUAUCUGGAGAGUGGCCAGACCCAUUAUCGCUUCUCUACCAACAGGACAACGUGACGCAGUGACGCAAGCCCUCACUCGCGCGCUCAGCCGCACUGAAGAAGCACUUCAAAAGACUCUGGUACCGCCCACAGCUCCAUUGCCUCAGGGCGUUAUAUCUACGACUCCUGCAGGAGGCGGCUCGUUGCAGGCGUGGCGUAACGAGAUGAGCAGGUACGACGAUAUCACUGAUCUGGCUGCUGCUAGUGGAGAUGCUCUAGAUGUGGAGCAAACGCUGGGAGCAGAAAGGCAUGGAGAUGUGGCAACGCUCGAAUCUUUGCUGUUGCCAGAGGCAGUCGAGACCGUGGCGCUCACGCGAGCCUUGGACGCGCAAACAGCAGAGCUCCAAAGUGCCUUGCCUCGUUUGAAGCGUCUUAAAGAUCGGGCGCGCGAAAGGCCAACAGAUAGCGAUGGUCGAGAACCUCGUGAUUCAGCUCUGAAUCUACCACGUAUUCCAUCUGGCGCAGCCACUGCCAUGUCCGCUGCACAAGAUCGACUCAUCGUCAACCAGCUUGACGGGCUACUCUCUUGACGCAUGUACUUGCCCGGCUCUAGUGUACUAGUACCUCACAGACACAUUCCAUCCGGGACGAGAAUCCGAUGACAGCAACAACAAUCUCGAUCUCAUCUCUGCCCUCUCCGACUGUGCACAUGUCCGCAAUACGAGUCAUUGGAUUGAGAAACGCCACCAUGAGCGUUGUCGACGAGCGGGACCGUAAAGAUGAAGUUCGUGUCGAUACAGGUGACGGGAAAAGUUGACUAGCCAGAACUUGGCAGCGGACGAGCCGCUCAUUGCAUGUAGACUUGCUGUUGUGGUUGUUGGACCUG